AUGGAGAAGGCAGCAGCGACGGGGUGCUACAAGUGUGGCCGACCUGGCCACUGGUCACGUGACUGCCCUUCCUCUACUCAAACCCCCAAUUCGAACCCCGAUUCCGAUCCAAACCCUAACCCUAGGCCGCCCAAUCCCAAUUCCUCAUCUUAUCCUUUCAAGAACACUACCGGCACCGCUUCCGAAGGGAAAAAGGUCUCCGCUCCGAAGACUCGUCCGAAGCUGACCCCGGAGGUGCUUCUCUCCGACGACGGCGGCCUCGGGUACAUCCUCCGCCACUUCCCUAAGUCCUUCAAGUACCGCGGUCGCGGACACGAGGUUAAGGAUUUGGGGAACCUGAUUGGGUUGUACAGGGAGUGGCACUCUCGUCUGCUGCCGUAUUACUCGUUUGAUCAGUUUGUGCAUAAGGUGGAACAAGUGGCGGCCACGAGACGAGUCAAGAUGUCUCUUAGAGAAUUGAGAGAAAGAGUGGCCAGCGGAGGAGACCUGACGAAGGUGCAUGAACCUCCGGUUAUUGACGAGGACAUUCCAAAGGAUGAACACGAAACUUUAAACCCUGAGGAACCAUCUGAUCACCAGGGAGAUCCAUAUGCAGGGAACCAAGAUGAUGAUUUUAUGCAGGAAGAUAUGCUCAACGAAAUUUAUGAGAAAGCCACUGAAUUGCCAAAUACAAAUAAAGAUAUUGGUGAAUCCAGUGAAAAUCAGAUUACAGAUGAACAAAAAGCCAGAAUGGAAGCUAACAGAUUGAAGGCACUUGAGAAAGCUGCAGCUAGGCGCCGCCAAUUGCAGAUUACAGAUGAACAGAAAGCCAGAAUGGAAGCUAACAGAUUGAAGGCGGUUGAGAAAGCUGCAGCUAGGCGCCGCCAAUUGCAGGUGGCCUGA